UCUGCCCAGCCGUUGGCUCAGCCGCUAUCGCAGCGGAUCAGACUUGGCCGGAGGGAGGUGCGAAUACUUCACUUCGGAGCAAAUUCUCGCCGUUUUGUUUGUUUUGCAGCUUUUUCGUAGCGUUUCCCUCCACGUUAGCGGGUCGCCAGCGCUUGUUCCAGGAUGGUUAAAGUGUCUUUUAAUUCGGCCCUGGGGCAGAAAGAUGUGAAAAAGGACGCCGAAACUCUUAUCCCCGAGGAGGACAAAGAUGCGGAGGCAGCUCUGCUGGUGCGCCACCAGUCCCGGGCCUGGUGCUGGUGCAUGUGCCUGGGUCUGGCUCUCAUGCUGUCAGGAGUGGUGGUCGGAGGAGCCUACCUGUACCGCUACUACAUCCUGGAGGUGAGAAACCAGCCACGACAAGGGUGGGAAAGUACCUCCUACAGCAGUGAGGACGGCCAGGUGUUUGUGUGCGGGGUGAACUACCGUGAGGAGGACUACAUGAUCCGGGAGGAAGAGGAGGUGGAGGUGGAGCUUCCAAGCCAGUUCCACCUGCGGCAGUUGGAGGAGAGGAUCCGGGUGCUGGAGAGCGAGCAGGUGGAGCUCAUCAACGUCCCUGUGCCCGAGUUCGAUGACGGAGACCCAGCAGACAUCGUCCACGACUUCCAGCGGGGGUUGACUGCAUACCUGGAUCUGAGUCUGAACAAGUGCUACGUCAUCCCGCUCAACACCUCCAUCGUCAUGCCUCCCAGAGACUUCCUGGAGCUGCUCAUCAACGUCAAGGCCGGCACCUACCUGCCUCAGUCUUACCUGGUCCACGAGGAGAUGAUGGUGACCGAGCGCCUGGAGCAGGUCGACCAGCUCGGCUACUUCAUCUACAGCCUCUGCCAAGGCAAAGACACCUACAAGCUGCAGCGCAGAGACAGGAUCCUGGGCAUGCAGAAGCGUGAGGCUCUGAACUGCCACAAGAUCCGUCACUUCGAGAACAAGUUUGUGGUGGAGACUCUGAUUUGUGAGCCUUAAGACACCUCGUCGCCUCACAACUGCUCUUAAAGUCACUGGCGUGCAGUGAGAUUGUGUUUUUUUUUUUUUUCCUCUGUCCUUUACUUCAGGUAGUUUGAGUGAGUGAGAGGAGUGAAAUGUGAAGCUGUUUGGUAAAUAUUCAUUGAUUGUGAAAUAAAAAGGUGAAGAGUCAUGUAUUUUUCCACUUUCUGUACGGGGGUCUUCUUGGAAUUGUUAUCUUUCAGAAAAUAACUAGCUAAAAGUCAACUCAGUAUAAAAUAGUAAAUUAUUUUAAUCCAAAUUAACUGCAGUUAUAGCAUGACUAUAUGUUUUAAUAGACAUGGGUAAAUUUACAGUUUGUCUUUUCUCUCAGUCCAAACGUAAAAUUCUAAGAGAGAGGGCAACUUUUGUACCACUCAUCCGGGUUUUUGAAACUCAUCAGUCCAGUGAGACUGUGGGGUUUUUCCUUUUUUUUUUUUUUGUAUUUUGUCUGCUGUAGCUAUUAAUACACUGCACCUGUUCCUUCUUAAGUGGAAAAUGGUCUUAAAAUAAGAGUGUGGGCAUGUGUCUCUCUUGUUUAGCUUUAAAACAUGUUUGUAGAAGUGCCGAGUAAGAAAACAGGAAACAAAGAAUCAAAUUCACCGCAGAGAGAAUUGACGGGAAACACGCUUGUGUUAAAAUCAUUUUCGUGAGGGUUGUCUGUCUUUUUUGAAUGUGUAAUUUUUUGGAUAACUCUUCUUCUUGUACUAAUUUGUGUAUAUAAUCUCUUUAAAGAUAUGACCAGACCAACACAAUAAAGAAAACAGAAAAAACAACUGUUGUCUGUUUUUAA